AUGCACAAGAGCACCACUUGUUAUCCAGAAAAGCGACCUCUGUUUGUCGGCAAAAUCGGCCAGGCACGGCAGGCGUUGCCGGAUUCCCACCCUUUAACGCAGUAUUUGUCGACGGCAAAAAUGAGCCGGUGCGUGGACACUGGGCAGUCAAUCAUAGAAGCGGAUCUUAAGGCUUUUUUCCCGUUUCUUCUUCUUGGCAGCCGGGGGGAUAUUCACUUAUUCUUGCCUUACUCUUAUCUUAUCGCAACCAGAACCUUCUCCAAUCGUAACGUCACCGACGCAAAUGUUCGUCGCGUACCGCCAACACCAAUUCCCGGCGCAUCGCACCUUCAAUCGUUCCACGAAUUGACCGAAAAUAACCGAAUAUCACACCCCGAAAAUCCUGCAGAAUUCGAAAGAAUACCUUCUAUCGAAAUGUCGGAACCUCAGAAGCCUGCGACGGCCGCACCCGAAAAGGUCGACGAGACCUACACCGAGAGCAAGGCCAAGUUUGAAGGGAAGGCGAAGAGCGAGUACUUUGAUCCUUGUCAAGAGCUUGCGCAGAAGAGCAUUAAAUGCCUGCACCGGAAUGGGGGAGACAGGGCCAUGUGCGGAGAUUACUUUCAAGCAUACCGAGAUUGCAAGAAGGCUUGGCAGUUCGACAAGCUCAAGGCAGACCGAAAGGCGCAGGUCGACGAACUUUUUGCGGGUGCAAGAAGAUACGACAUUAGACUUAGUUACUGCAUGCUCGACAACCCAGCCCCGAUCCGGGCUUGGAGGUUAAUCGGCAACGUCGGCCGGAUCGGCGUCGGGCUAUCGGGAGAAGCGCGGCCGGCCAACGGCGCCGGAAUCCCUAACGUGGGGGGUCGGCAUUUCGGGAAGAGUGUUUACCCGAGCAACCAAUCAAGCAACACAAUGCCCAUCCCUAAACGUCUCACAAGCUCCUGCUGCACUCUUACAGCACAGUGCCCCUCCAAGCUAAUUCUGCCCCGCCAUCCGAUCAGAAGCAUCACCAUGUCCUGGAACCGGCCUCAGCUGAGGAGCGGCACCGAUCUGCAGCUGCAGUCGGCUUUCAAUGACGGACAAUGGGCCAACGCCAUCCGUCUCGCGGAGCAGCGAUUCCGGACCUUCAAGGAUCCUUAUUUUGAGGCUGUGAAAAUAUGCGCAGAAAGUCAGUUGGACUCACCGUUGGAGAAGGCAUCGCCCUUCAUUGCUAUCCGCAAGCUGGUUCAGGAUCCGACUGCCGUGAGAGAUCCUGACACUUUGGAGUUGCUUGAGUGGGCUUCAGAGGAGUUUAUUGAGGACCGAGACUUUUCCGAGACCUUUGGCCCCCUGAAGCUGCGCUACGUCAAAGCCAAGCCCAAGGACAAAAAUGGUGGAACGAGAUGCUUGGAGUCAUGUCUGCUACACUGGGAUCUGGUUAGCGCGCAGCAAAUUGCAGCAGUGCUCGACAAGUCAUUCCCUCAAGAAAGGAGCUUCCUUUUCUGGAACAUCGCCAUUACGCAUCUGCUAGCAACCAAUGAGCAAUGUCCAGCUGGAAAGAAGCAGCUCUAUGGCAUGCUCGCUCUGAAGCAAAUGCAGCGUGCCGCGCAAUUUGCAGAACAGAGCGGUGCCGAGAAGAACGGCGAAGUCUCCGACCGAGCCAUCAAGACGGAAGAAGAGAUCCUUCUCUUCUACCGCAUUCUCGAGGCUCAUGGUUCUACGGCUGAAUGGGAGGCGGCUCUGAAGGGCCCAACCCUCAACCCUGUCUACCAAUUCAGGAAAGGACGCAAAGACUUGUUUUUACAAGCGAUAGAAGUUCUCGAGCGGAAGGGCCAGUGGAAAACUGUCUACGACCUGUGCAAGGACUGCCUGUCAACGACAGACGAAAACCAGAAAUUGAGCCUCCUCGCCUGUGACUAUGCGGUGUGGAAGAAAUUCCUCAAUGCUGCUGGCCAGAUAGGACAGACCCAAGAGGCUUCGACCGAGGUUUCCGAACUCAUUAACCGCUUCCUGACUCAAGAGGGUGUACGAUCCAUCUAUAAGCGCAACGUCCGUCUGGCCAAGGUUGAAGCAGCUUUCCUCUUCCCCAAGAGCACGCAGUCUAGCUCUGAUGCCGCAUCGAAUGAAUUCGAGGAAUUGCGCCAAUACAUUGAGGUUGAGUGCGAAUCGCCCGCCUGUUUCGACGACGUCAGGGGCUUUGUCGAGCGGUUGCCACCACAGGAGAUCAAGGCACUGGCAUACGAAUUCCUCAUUGGAUUGUCAGAAGAGUCUCAGGACUCCGCGAGAUCAGCGUCUGUGAAGGCGCUUGCGUACAAGCUGCAGUACCUCGGACUAUCUUCACCCAAGACCCUCGUUCGUGUCCCGAAUGAGGAUGUAAAGAAACCAAAUGAUUGGAAGUGUAUAACUUGCAACACCACCAACAAGUCAUCUACCUGCACCACCUGCGUCAAAAAACUCCUGGAGUCGACCUUGACUUUGUACUCCUCUCUCCUCAACUCUACUGAAAUAGGCCACCUCGAUUGUGUUCCGGAACUUGCUAUCCUUGCAGCAUCAUGCUGUGUGAGGCUGAGCGGCGCGCACGAGCGUGGUAUCGACAACCCUACCUCUCUUUCGAAGAACGGUAGACCUAACCGCUUGCUUCAAGCUGCCCUCAUCAUCGAAGACCAGCUCACCAGAACACCAAAGCACACACGACUCACGUUGGUCCUGGUGCGCAUAUAUCUUGUACUUGGAUGUGCUUCUCGUGCUCGCGAAGUGUGGGAUACCGCAGACGUGAAGCGUACUAUUAUUGAUUCGCUUGGCCCCUACUUCUUUGACCGUCUGGCAACCAUUGCGCCCACUUUAGUUCUACCGCCAAAUAGACCUGAAAGAGGGCUGAUGCAGGGACUGAAAUCCCACUACCGGGCGUCUCUCAAGCUGAGAAUGCCUAGAAGGCUGGCUGAUGCUUUCGAGGCCGAGAGCUACACUGCCAUUCUCGAUAUCCCUAGCUACACCGAGCGGCUGAGGUCAAGCUGCACCCUGGUGAUGGGAUAUGUGGAGGAGUCCCAAGCUGCUCGAGCGCUGGAUAUCCGCAGCGACUCGAUCUUUGAAGAACCGGCGGUUGAGGAAGUCACCGACAACUCUGUGCUGAACGAAGUCAUCGACUACGGAUCUGUGCCUAACUUCGAAGCUGCCUCGGGCCGCCCGAUAUACGACGUCCUGCGGCUAGGCCCUGAUCCAUCGAACCUGCGUUCCCACUUAGCCCUCGCCGCAGAAAAGUUCUUUGAGGUUAUGACCUUCAAGCCCGCAACGUCUUACAAAGUGGCCAACGUUGCGCAGACGACCGCGGCAGAGCUGGCCUUCGUCCUGGAAUCCCUUCAGAGGUUGGGCAACACCUUCAGCAGAUUCCUCCACACUCGCGGAAAGAAUCUCACUCAACAGGAGGAAACCUACUACGAAGUCGUUUCACUUCUGAUCACCCUGAUUCCCCUCACCAUCUCCGCCAGUCGCAGCCCACCACCUCCCGAGCUUCUGGCAAGCAUUGCGUCCGCGAUCAAGUCUGGCCUGGAGGUCCUUCGCGCGCAAGCACUAUCGACGCCAGCUGAUGCAGAAGGGUCCAAGACACUAAUGAUGCUGGGCUCACUCCACGGUCUGUCGAUUCUUCGCGACGCUGCCGCCGCCGUGAAGCUAGCGACGUCUUACAUAGUGACUUUCAACGACCGUGAGAAGGAGAGGGACCGUUCCGGGCAGAGUAACGUGCCCAAGGACGUGAUGGCGCAAGUCAAGGCUCUCGAGAAUGCGGCUAGCACUGCCUUCACGGAAGGCAAGGCACGGGUGGCUCUCCUGAAGCAGGAAAGCAACACGCUGAAUGCGAAACUGGGCUCUUGGACGUUUGAGACGGAUUCUGGGGACGACUUGUCAAAACAGAUACGCGAGGUGGCAGGUUCUCACGUUGGUGUUUGGUCACAGCGGGUGACCGACAGCUGGUGGACGAACGUGAAGGGUUGGGAAUCGGUGCGAUGGGAGUAG